CCAACCCCCUCGGCCCACUCCGUCGCCCCCACCCCUCCUUCCUCCACUCGGCCAGGAGACCCGGCGGCCCGGUGCGCAGGGCAGCGCGACGAUCGCGGCCUGGCGAUCGGGGCACUGCGGUCGUGGCGCGCGAGGCGCGGGGCGCGAGGCCAGCCCUGGCGCGGCGGGGUGUGGGGGGCGGGCAGCUGCGGAGCUCCCAGAGGAGAGCAGGGGCAGGCAGGGGGGUGCCGAGAGAAGUGAGACCCUGGAGCUGAGGGAGCAUCAUGGCAGUUUUUCUGGAGGCCAAGGAUGCCCAUUCGGUCCUGAAACGAUUCCCUCGUGCCAAUGAGUUCCUGGAGGAGCUGCGCCAGGGCACCAUCGAGCGAGAGUGCAUGGAGGAGAUCUGCAGCUACGAGGAGGUCAAGGAAGUGUUUGAGAACAAAGAGAAAACGAUGGAGUUCUGGAAGGGAUACCCAAAUGCAGUAUACUCAGUCCGAGACCCCUCACAGAGCUCAGAUGCCAUGUACGUGGUGGUACCCCUUCUGGGGGUGGCAUUGCUGAUUGUCAUCGCCUUGUUCAUCAUCUGGAGGUGCCAGCUGCAGAAAGCGACCCGUCACCACCCCUCCUAUGCUCAGAACCGGUACCUAGCCAGUCGCGCCGGGCACACCCUCCCCCGGGUCAUGGUGUACCGGGGUACCAUGCAUAGUCAAGGGGAGCCUUCUGGGCACCGAGAGGCAGUGAGCAGCCCCCAGGUGGUGGUGGGGCCCAGUCAGGGGGGCAGGACCACAGUCCGACUUGAGAGCACUCUCUACCUCCCUGAGCUCUCUCUCUCCAGACUGUCCAGCACCACCCCUCCCCCCUCCUACGAGGAGGUGACUGCGCCCCAAGAGAGCAGCAGUGAGGAGGCCAGUAUGUCUUACAGCGACCCACCCCCAAAGUACGAGGAGAUAGUGGCCGCCAACCCUGGCGCUGACAAAUAGUGGGACGUUUAUGCACUGUCCCGGAUGAACGCCUCUUUCUGAGGUCUCAUAUUUUCUUUUGAACUUUUUAAAGACUGUGCCACCACAAAACAGCCUUAGCCUCCUUGUUGCCAAAUAAUUCCCUAACUGCGGAGUUUUAGGAAGUCAGCUGUCACAGACAAGUGGGGAGGGUGGGGGUAGGGACCACGCAUGAGUCAAAGCUCCCGGAAGAGCCAAAGGCCAAAGUGCCCAACUCUUUCGGAUGACCCCCAAGCCUCCAACAUCCUGUCUUUCCAUCAGGAACUGGCUUCUCUUAUGCCAAAGGAAUCACCCCAUUGAGUUGAUUGUAACCAGAAUGUCCAAAGGCCCAGCCCAGGGGCUGUGGGGCUGGCUGGAGGCCUGUCUGUGUCUGGAGCCCUGGACCACAGGGGUAAGGGAGGGAAGCCAGCCUUUCAGCACCCCUUUUCCUCCACAGUUCUGUGCUUUCUGUCCUUGCUUAUAUUUGGAGGACAGGGACAAGGAUUGAGCAAAAACAAAGUGAAAAAAAUCAUGACAAAUAAAUAAUGAAUACAAUAGAACAAAACUCUAGCACCCGGGCCGUUCAUAGGAGGCCAAGGGAAAUUGAUCACAUGGAUCUGUGAUGCCCACCUGCCCCAAAACCUGUCCCCACAUUCCUGGAAGGAGGACAGGGUGUGUGAAGCAUGAGGGCCAGAGGGCUGGGUGGCAGAGUUUCCUCAUCCACAUUGACCAAGGGGCCCACGUGGACUCUGCCAUUCAGUUUCUAGUGUGCUUGUCUCUCCAGACAUGUGGACCAGCUGUGUUCAAACCACUACCCACUGGCAUGAGCCUACUUUUUGUGAAUGGUGCAUUGAAAUUGAACUUCAGAUUGAGAAUUUCUCCUUAAUGAUGGUGCCCAUCUCGGGAGAAGAUCCUAAAGUGUCCCUUUUAAAACACUUGUGGAGAAGCCCGUGGCCUGGAGUCGAAGGCCCAUUUGGGGUUUGCUCUGCUGUUGCCAGGUGCCAGUCUGUUUUCAGUGAGGCUUUGGACAGCAGUAGGGCAGAAGGCACCUGCCCUUUAACUGUCAGUGACCAUGCUAGACACUGUUGAUACCGCCUCCCCCUACUUCCGUCUCCAUCCUCUUGACGUCGACACCAAACCAUUUCUCCUCUGUGGUGCUUUAAAAACUGUAGCAAAUUUUUGUAUGGUGCAAGAAUGCAUGGCCUGGGUCUAUUGGCAACCACAGCAGUUUAAAACUCACUCAGUUGACAAGCUUCUUUCUAUCAAAAUAUCUCUCUAAGGCAGACAUUGGGACUCAUUCCUUGAAUGCAGCCCUGCCUUCAGGCCACAGAGGACUUCUGGAGGCUGCUAUAGCCCUGAGGACUUGCCCUGGGACGUGCUUCCAGUGAGAAGGCUUGUGUCUCUAUCCCAGUGAGGCCACCAGCUUGGACCACUCGACCCUGUGGCUGGGGUUUUCCAUCCUUCCCCCUACCUCAUAGGCCUGUUGGAGGCUGACUGAGCAAAUGCCUGUGAAGUGCUUGAAGUGCCAGGAAGCCAGUGAGGUUUGCCUUAGGAAGAGUCUUCUAGAAAGGUGCAGGUUGUAAGGAAGCAGUCUUAGCUGAGGCCCUCAUAUGCCUCUGAUGUUGAGUCUCCACUUGGGGAGUCAAUCUCCCGUCAGUUGACCCUUUCCAUCCUCUCGUCCUCCCCAGAGCUCCCUGAUGCCAGAGAUGCUAAGCAGGUGACAUUCUACCUUUCAUUCCUUUGUCUUUCCUUCCCCUGGGCCUUCAACAUUGCACUCUUGCCCUUCGUCACAAAGGGGUUUUUGGCUUAGAAGGCCCCUGCUUUUUCCAUGUUGGGGGACCUGGGGAAACCUGAAGCUCGGGGCUAGCCCUGGCUCUCCCAAUAUUUCUUCAAGUAGGUGCCAGAGUGUGACCUGGGAGCAGGUGAGAAGAAACUUAUCCUAAGUCUACUCAGCACAGAGCCGGGCAUGAGCUCCGCUGAUCAGAGCCAAAGGGAGCUUGCCAAGAAAUGCCCGCUGCCUUUGGCAUCUGAGUUGCAGCUGGGUGGUAAUGGGAGAGAGCAGGAAGAAGCCCAAGGCCUGGCCCAUGGAGAGCAGCAUGUGUCCUUCAGGGACUGAGGACAGGCCAUGGGAAGAGUCACAGGUGGUUGCUUAAGGCCUGUGGUGUUCGGUUCAGAUGCUUCAUGAUGUUCUGCCAGGUGGGGUUGCACCAUGGUCUCUGGGAUGGUUUUUGCAACACAUUGUAGAAAAAAGACUGUACAGCACACAGCGGCAUCACUCCUUGCGGUGCACACUUGGCUUUUACGAAUGCCCUGUACAUAUCUUUUCAAACUCUGUCUUUGUAUGGAGGUGGAUUUGAUACAAUGCUAACUCUUUUGUGGCUA